CAAAAAUUUGUGCAUAUGACUAUUUUAACCUUGUAUACCUAAAUCCCUAGAAAACGAAACACCCCCCAAAAUCCCCAAAUCCAACCUAACAGUGCACAAGUCUAUUCUCAUUUGCAUCAAAUUUAAUUGGGUUUUAAUCACAUUUUGAAAUUGAAGAUCAAUAUGAGAGCUUUUAGGAGUGGUAAGUCUUUUGAUUUUGCUUUAAUUUUCAAAUUUAUUGAUUCUGUCUCAUAUUUAUCACAGUCCCAUAAUGCAAAAUCUUCAACUUUCCCCAUUUUAAUGAAUUUUCAAUUGUUUAAUUCUAUGCUUGGUCUUAUUGAAAAUGGGCAGUUUAGAAAGUAUUCUGAUUGUGGCUCCAAUGAUCGUAGGAAUAAUAAUUAUACUAAUGACAAUGGAAAUUUUUCUGGGAAUAAUAGGGGUGAUAAUGAGAGGCAAAACCCCCAAUUUCAGGGAGACUAUAACUCUUCUGACCGUAAUUAUAGGCCCCAAGGUAUUGAUGUUGGGUUUAGGAUUCCAUAUUGUGGGGAGGGUAGUAAUGCUAAUAUAAAAUUGGAUGAUGAUUUUUGUAAGUUUGAUGGAAACGAUGAAGGGAGUGCAGGUGUUGAUUUGGUCGGCGAUUACAAGGAGAUGAAGGAUUCGCAGCCUUCGGCUGAUAAACUGUCGAAUAAAACCCCGAAAGAUGAACAAUGUAUAGGAAAAGGAGGGAAUGAAUUUCUUGAGAAGUUUAAGCUUGGGGCUGUUGAUAAGGUGGGGAUUAAGUUAGAUGAGGCGACACCUAUGCAAUCGCCUGAAGAAAAUAAUAGGGAGGCGCCAGCAAAUGCUGAUGAGAUUUUUAGGAAAAUGAAACAAAGUGGUUUAGUUCCAAAUGCGGUGGCGAUGAUUAAUGGGCUUUGCAAUGAUGGUUUGAUUCAAGAAGCAAUGAACCUAUUCAGGCUUAUGCGCGAAAAGGGUGCUAUACCGGAAGUAGUUGUGUAUACGGCUGUGUUUGAAGGGUUUUGCCUAGCACAACAGUUUGAUAAGGCUAAGGGGAUUUUUAGAAAAAUGCAGAAUGAUGGGGUUGUGCCAAAUGCUUAUAGUUAUAGUGUCUUGAUCGGAGGCCUUUGCAAUGGUAAGAGAUUGGAUGAUGCAGUUGAGUAUAGUGUGGAGAUGCUGGAGAACGGGCACUUAAUGAAUGUAGUAAUAUUCACAGGUCUGGUUCAUGGGUUGUGCACGGAGAAGGGAGUUGAAGAAGCACGAAACACGAUUCUUAUGUUGAAGCACAAGGGCUUGCUUUUAGAUGAGAAGGAAGUUAGAAGAUACUUGGAUAAGAAUGGUUUAUUGUCUCCAAUGAUCAGGGAAGCUAUCUUUGGGACUAAGAAGCCUGCAAAGAACGAGUACCCAUUUUGAUCUUUGAUUUUGUUUGCACAUUGGCCUGAUCUAUCUUUCGUAGUUUGGUUGCUUGUUGACUAUUUACAAGCAAGUUUUUCCACUUUUAUCUAUUCCAACUCACAUGGUUUUGCAGAUAUCUCAGGUAAAUUAUAUCUCCCACAUUCACCUCACUCUUUACUGCAACUGAUGAAUAAAAUUUGAGACUAGUCUUGAUUUAGAAAAGACAAGUAGAGAGAUGGGUUUUCAGGAGAAGAAUCUUAAAUACUAGUAUAAAGUGGACCGAAUACUCAUUUUCACCUGUAUAUUAAACCAACUUGGUUGCCAUUUUUUGUGUAAGAUGUUAUACAAUUUAAAUUAAUAGGUUUUUAACCAAAUGACUUGCGACAUAGCCUAAACAAGGUCGGGCCCAGUGUAACAUAAUUUGCCAGUUAAUUUACUUUUUAAAUUCGUAAUUCAUCAAAAUGACCCUAAAAUAGCCAAAAAUGACCAUAUUUUUUUAUUUAGAUUUGCGAUUCGCAAGAAGAUCAGUGAAUCAUUUGACAGUAAUCGAGCCUAGAUUUCGUUAAUUUUUGAAAAUUGUAAAGCACGUGGUAUGUCAUUACAAGAGAGAUACAUCUCUCUAAUAGGGAUGUUUGACACAAGAAGUCAUCCCAUUAAUAUAGACUUUCUUACCAUCUGUCUAAGAAUUGUUUAAGCCUGCAGAAAAUCUUUGUGAUUUGGUCGGUCCCCUUUUCAAAACACCCUUAUAGUUUAAGUUACUCCCAACUUGAAUUAUAAUGCUUUUAUUUUCCUCAAGAAGUGGUGGCUGGGCGGUUUUCUACUCAGCUCUCUUAUUUUAAUAAAUGAUCAUAAGUAUAUUCCUUAAUUUUCUAUUCAUUUAAUUUAUAUUAUUAUUAUUAUAUGAUACUCCAUUAGUUUAUUCCUAAGAGUUAAUGACUUUCUGUAGCUGCAUCUUGUUAUUAGUGUGUGUAAUUAUCAUUAUCUAUGUUAACAAUUAACAACUAUCAAGCAGAUUCCUUAUCAUUAUGGCAGCAGAAAUUCUUAAAUAUUCUUAGCUUCUCUUUUAAAUUUUUAUGAUAAUUAUUCUAAUGUUGUCAUCCAUUCAACUCUCCACCUGAAAAUAUUCGCCAACACUUUCUAAUGAGAAAUGAGUAUUAGAGAUAGACGACUGGCAAAGUGCAAAUGAUAUGGGCUGCAUCACUUUGUAAAAUCAUCAUUCCAGUGAGUCUCGCCCAAGGCAUAAUUUGGAGAGUGUAAGAAAGAAGGCAAACCAAUGCCCUCAUUAUGAGGAGUCUAUUAACUCGAUUAUUGCCUGACAUAUGAGAUCCCUACAAAGGAAAUGUCCAUAAAAGCAAACCUACUACUUUUAAAUUAAAUAUAUAUUUUAUUUUAAUGACUAAUAGUUAGAAGAACAACAUAUAAUGGUUGUUACACCAUGAUUCUAGAUCACAAAUUAUGUAAUAGAAUUUUGCUGAAUGAUAGGGUCAAAAUUCUUAUAAAGCGGCUAUUUGUAACAUAACGGCCUCGUUUUUAUUCUAUGUUGCUCAACUUCUGGCCGGUUCAAGAGUCAAUCGAAAUCAAGGGCAAAAUAGUGUACAUUCGAGACUCUGUGUAGCGGCCAAGGUAGGUUUAUUGAUAUAAUGGUAUUAGGAUAAGAGUGUUGUAACCUUCUGAAGUUUAAAAUACCACUUCCUGUUAGAAUAUGUAAUUACAGCCCAAAGAUGUUAUUUUAUUAUAUGUUACAAAAGCUUAGGUGCACCAUUUGACCUUUAAUUUUGUUAUGAUCAAACAUUGGUGUUUUGGAUCGAAGCUACCUGUUUGAUCAUUUGUUACUACAUUAUUAUGUCAACUGCUCGUAAUAUCUUAAGACUAAGAGACCCGGUCAAAAAUUAGAAAGAAAGGAGAUUAGUUCUUUCUAUACUAGCCAAAAUGGUCGGGAGGGCGGAUUUUGAAUUGAGUCAUUUUUAAAUCGUGUUAAUUUUGGGUUUGAUUAGCUUUGCAUCGGAUUUGGAUCGACGCAACGGGUUAAGAAUUUUUGUUAUUUUGCCAAAUACCCAUUCAAAAAUCACAAUCAACUUUUUAUAGAGAGGACUUAUUUUUUUAUUUUUCCUAGGGCCUAUAAUAUGCCAGAAAUAACACUGGUUACAAGUCAAAAUUUUCAAGUUAUGACCAACUAAUUUCUAAUAUGACGUUGGAUUAAAUUGUAAUAGGUGUAGUUCUUUCUUUGUUGUUUAUGUAUGUAUAUAGUACAUGGUAGCUCGUUGCACCUGAUGUGAGUUUCAUUGUCGCUACAUUUCACACCUCUUCUCCAUCUAUGAAGUCAAUGGUAGACAUAGGAUGGAUCCAUUCAAAUUUGGUUUCUUUAAUCCGGCUUCUUGACCUUUCAAAAUCAGUUUCUAUUAUAUUAUUAGUUGUAUUAGCCUUUUGCUAUUGAAUCAAUUUCUUUUAUCGAACUUUUAGUAAUUGUGAGAACUGCUAUCGAAAUCGUGAAAAAAAAUAGAUAGGAAGAUGAAGUUAGAAUGUAUGUCGUUAAACUCGAGUCUACAUAGGGUAAUUUGCACCUUGUGAAUAAGGUACCGAACCUAAAAUAGAAUUUUGUGCGGUGCAAUACAAAUUACGAAUAAUUUUCUAAAUAAGAAAGUACUUGCAAUGAGAUUUGAGGUGUUUAAAAUAGACCUAAUAACUCAAUAUUUACAAAACCUUGUAAUCGAAUUCAAUUAGAUCCAACUUCAAAAAUAAUUUAUAAUUAUGUUAAAAAUAAUAUGGACGCAAACUCGAUUUCAAACCUACUCGAAAUACCAAAUUCCAAAUCAAAUCAAUGAUCUGAAUCAACACCUCUAACUGAAAGAAGCAUUAUUUUGCAAAAACUUAUAUUUUAGUCAAUAUUGGAUCAGUUGUGCACUUGGCUCCACAGAAUCCAAUGAUAGGGUACAGAAGAGCACUUAAUGAUUAGCAUGAGAUUUUUAGUUAUUAGUGUUAGUUAUAGGAGAAAAGCUUAGAAGAAUAUUGCCAUCAGGUUUGUGGUGGCUAUUUAAUGGAAGAAGCCUGGAGGGAAGAAGUUGAGAUUUCAAGUUAGGUACUUCUAUUUGGUAAGGUCUUCAUGUGGAUGGUUUAUCAAGAUUCUUGGGUUCAUUGGUGGAUUUUUGUUAUUUUACAAAUAAGAAUUGGAUAUUAUAUCCAAUUAUAACAUUAAGUAUUAUAUCCGAUCGGAUUUUGCUUUGAAAAAAGUCUCGCGUGAAUUAAGUCCACGGUUAUGAAUCUAAGUGGAAAAAGCCUAUUGUGAGCAAACAAUCGAAGACCUUGGGUUGAUGGUGUUUCUCCAUCUAGUUUGUCUUGUAUGAGAUCAUUUCACUGUGAGAUAGAUUCAUAUGGUUAGCCUAUUUUUAUAAUUGAUUACCUUUAAAAUUAUACGUGAUUACUUUAAGACACUAAAUGUACAUGAGCCCGUUCAAUAAAAAUGAUCUAUCACAAAACCAGCACAUUUAAGAAUUUGUGUUCUCCAUUUGGGUGUGAUUACACAUUUAAAGAGCAAAAAAAAAACACCAUAAUUUGUGAACACUUAGUUGAUUUAAUGAGAAAAAAGGAAUAUGUCCAACUUAUCCUUCCAAAAAUCCCAAAGGGCAGAUGUCAGAACUAAGCAUAUCAAGAUUUGCCGUGUUCACUCACCAAUGGAUAUUGAUCACUACUUCAUUUGAUCUGAUUAUUGUGGUAGUUAACCAGUUAUGUCAGACUAAAACUUAUCAUCAUGAUCAUGAUCAUGAUCAUGCACUAACGAUCAUAAAAGCCAUGUUCACUCACCAUCGGUAUUAGACUAUUAUCCAUGUGUAUCACAAAAAUAGAGAUCAAUGAUCAUAAACCAUUGUGCUAAUCAUAUAAAAUCUCCUUAUUUCCUUCAUUAACUAAUUCAACUUGCAAGGCUUUCCACACAUUAUUAUAAUUAUUAGCAUACCCUAUUAUUUUUCCAAAUACUUUGCUUUUUUUUGUUUUUUUAAGGAAUGGAAUGGUUAAUUAUGUGUGAAUUGAAUUUAGCUCCAAUCGAAAUAAGAUCAUAUUCUUAUUUUGUUUUGGUACAUAUAUAUGGGAAUAAAUAGUUUGAUUGUUUAAACCAAUAGCUCUAUUACUUGAGCUAAAUUAAACAGUUUAAACCAUUAGCUCAAAUUCGACCAAUUGGACAGGUCUACUUAAUAUUCAUCAAUUAAACUACCCAACCGCUUUCAUUAAUGUUACAUUCCUAUUAAAAAGCUCUCAUAUAAAAUAGAAAAUAUACAGCAAUCUCACUGCAAUAAAGGAGUAUAUGAAUAGAUAAGUGCAAAAAUUAGGUUAGUUAAUAAGUACAUAAUUAAGGUGAUAGAUCAGCAAAUCAUCAUAUUAGUAGCCCCAUUAAUGCUAAGUAAUAGUGGCAAUCUUGAGUGUUAAAAUUAUUAAUUAAUUGUUAAUUAUAGUUAGCAGCUUCUUAAUUAAUGACUGUGAUCAAAAGUACUAGGAAGGAUGUGGGGUCGGCGCCGGCCGCCGGGUCCUCCGGAUUUAAUAUUUGUUUAUGAUGACCCCAUUAUUUUAAAAUAAAAAUGCUAACCCCAUAUGACCUUGACAUGAGACUACCAUAUUCUAGCAACAAGCUAAGUCUAUACUAUUUUUCAAACAUUAUUAUAAUAAUAUUAUAAAUUAUUUAAUUAAAUAGCCUUCUCACCACCCCAAAAAGUCAAACUUCACUUCUUAAUUAAGGAGAUUAAUGUCAAUGACUUCUUGCUAAUUAGCCUCUCUAAUCUUAUAUAUAAAUGACCCCACACCCUUUCAUAUAUAUAUAUAUAAAUGACCCCACACCCUUUCAUAUAUAUAUAUAUGUGUGUAUUCACAAUAGUUUAUAAGAUUGUUACACAAAAAAUAUUUCAAAGUUUUAUAUCAAUAAAUCAAAAUGAUUUUUUGUCUAUAUGAG